CUUUGACUAACCCAAGCUGCACUGAAGGGCUGGCACAAUCUGCUUCAGGUUGAAAUACUGUCGCGAUCUCGGGUUGCAACUCCGCCAAUUAAUAGUUGGGCUGGUCCAGCAGCGGCCCUCUACGUCGUGACGUCUUUCUCCAGAUUUCCUCUCCCUGACAUCACAAGCCUUCAUAGCGGCAAGAAGAUGCGCUGCUUCGCCCGGUGUUUUGUUCAGCUCAAUCCCUAACGAGUAGCUUGAUCACACUCGUCGGUCAGUUUUCGCUUACUGCCAUUAGCGUCUGUAUAUACCAUCACCACCUUCCGAACCAUCCCCAAGGCAGGAACCUCAAAUGAGUUCAAACCCAUCCUCCGGCGAGAUCGAGAUGUCCGCUGCCUCACGCGCCAUGCUGGGCAAGGUUCGCAAACUCGUCCCUCCCAUGUUGGAAAAAUUCCACAAGGGACAGUUGGGUCGAGUCGCCGUCAUCGGCGGCAGUGCCGACUACACCGGGGCGCCAUACUUCUCCGCCAUGGCGUCGGCGCGACUGGGCUGUGAUCUGUCCUACGUCUUCUGCGAGCCGUCCGCGGCCCAGACGAUCAAAUCCUACUCACCCAACCUCAUGGUUUCGCCGAUCUUACGGUCGACGGCCUCGAUCUCCCCGGCGCAGAAAGAGCGGGAGCCCACGGGCGAAGAGCUGGCGAAACCAAUUCUAGAUAUGCUACCACGUCUACAUGUGCUCGUGAUAGGGCCAGGCCUGGGGAGGGACGUCAUCACGCAGAAGCAGGUGAAGGCCGUGAUCCAUGCGGCUCGAAAGCACGACCCUCCCGUGCCAAUGGUGUUGGACGCCGAUGCUCUUUGGCUUGUGCAGACGGACCCGGACCUUAUCAAGGGACACAAAGAGUGCAUACUGACACCCAACGUUGUCGAGUUUGGCCGACUUGCAAAGGCGGUCGGCACAGACCAGGACAACAGUGAUCCGGCGAAAGCAUGUCAAACUCUCUCCAACGCUCUGGGCGGCGUUUGCAUCCUCCAGAAGGGAGCUGUGGACUACAUCUCGCAAGGCGUAGACACCACAAUAUCCGACUUUCAGGGUGGUCUGAAACGAUCUGGAGGUCAAGGUGAUACCCUGACUGGAUCGCUGGGAACGUUCUUGGCCUGGCGAGAACUCUACCAUGAAGCGCUUUGGGACAUUGGGCCUGAGAAAAUGACCCGGGAAGAGACCCUCUUGGUAGCGGCGUUUGGCGGAAGUGCCAUCACGAGAGAGUGUUCACGACGUGCCUUUGCAAAGCGACAAAGGAGUUUGCAAGCAAGUGAUCUGACCGAAGAGGUUCAUGAUUCGUUCCUGGCACUCGUAGGAGAACCAGAGGAGCUUCCCAAACUUUGAGUGAUAUUGCAUUGAGCGGCAAGGAACGUGUUUUGUCAACGAGCAGAAAGAUUGUUCCACCAAGUCUGUAAAAGUCGCCUUAAUUUGUACUUAUUGCAAAAUACAAGAUAGCGAUGUUUUCUGAACCAUUUUGGCAGACUAAAUAACUCGUUAGCAAUAUUGCAAGUGCCGUC